AUGGUUUGCCCCGGUUGCAAAGCCACCCUUGUUCGCAUGAGCGGCUUCGUGGAUCACAUCGAAAAGAACCGAUGCAACACAAUCUCCAAUGAGAGAUUCCACGAGGAGCGAGAGAAAGCCUUGAGAUUUGCCCGCCAGCUUCAGAUGGUGCCUGGUCAACAUGAGAACAAGGUUGCCACUUUCACCGCUUGGAGUGGCAGUAACAAGGGUCCUGCCCAUUACACCCAGUAUCUUUCCACAACGGAGGACGAGACCGCGGGCGACACCCUCUCCUCUCUCCGUCCUCUGGUUGACAGCAGCCACAAGCCGGAUCCCGUCACCUUCCAGAUGAUGUCGCUGGGUCAGAAGGGCGAUUUGCUGACUGGGCCGGGGAGCGACCAUCCGGAACAGUCAAGUGAGGCUGGGGACAUUAAGGUGCUCUUCCCGAGCUACACUGGUCCUGCCACCACCCCCGCUGUUGCUCCUGCGCGUCGCGCCCCCGCGCAAGCUCAAGAUUGGCGAGAGCCUGAGAAGAGACCGGUCUAUGACAGACACGAUCCUCGCAACCCCAAUUGGGACCCCAAACAGUACUAUAACCAGUAUACCAGAAAGUACGGGUGUCCGAGGGACAGGUGCAUGUAUGUCUCGUCAAAACGGCCCAAUUUAAUAAGCUUAUGUAGUGACGCUUUGUUUAGCAAGGCGUUCCCCACCAGCAAUGGUCUCCGAAACCACAUUCUAACACAUCCGACCACUGGUUUCCAAGUGCAGUGCCCAGUGUGUUCCAAAUGGUUCGACACAAACGCAGCACUGGCCCAGCACGCUGAGUCCGAGGGUAGCAAGUGCAAGAUCCGCAAGUCGGAAGACUACGCCCGCUUUAUGGGCCAGUUUACGGCUGGUAUGGUGGAUACAAAGAUGGGGUCGGCGGGUAUGACUGUGUAUACUGUGUCUGCCCAGGCCAAGAAGACCUUCGGUAACAAGAAGGAUGAUGAGGAGGACAAGGGUGUUGAUGGUUGGGGCGAGGAGAAGACCGAGGAGAAAGCUGAGAAGAAGAAUGAUGCUUUGGAGGGUCAGUGGUGA